AUGGCUCCCCGCGCCGACGAAUCUGACUCUCUGACUCUUUCGGCGAAGCUUGCUGCUAUCCGCAUUAAGGAAGCUGCAACUGAAGGGAAGAAGGGUAAAGAGAAAGUUAUUUUCAAGGAUGCGGUUUCUGACGCUGUCCCUGAAGGGGAAGAUGGGUCCCAUGAUGAGGAAGACGGCGUUCAUGACAACGCUGACGACGGCUCGGGGCCGUCUGGUCUAUCGCACCUGCUGAAUGAGGAGGACGACGGGCUUAUCGCCUACGACUCCGAUGAAGAAGUGGAGGAGGCUUCGAAGGGCGAGAUUGCAUCGCGUUCCCGGUACCCGAUCACUCUCCUGAUUCCCGAGGAGUUCCUGCCAGAGGUCUCCCGCACGCAGGCAACAAUCAAGGGGCUGGUGGGGAUUCGGAAGGACGAGCUUUCGGAUGAGGCUCAGAUCACUACGACCUUCCAGGAGCUGGAACCGAUUUAUCUUUACAAGAAGCUUUAUGGUCGCAUGCAAGUUACUUUUGACAAGGCAUCUGAUGCUAACUUUGUGUGGCGUAACCAGGUUGAGCAUAAGUCUGCUGCGACCACUGCAUCAGAUACGACCAAGAUCAUUCUCAAGGACCCAUCCCUGGUGCUUAUCUCAACCGGCGGCAACCGGGAAGAGUGGGUUUGUCUUCAGGACAGCUGCGAGAAGGGUCAUGGCUCGUCGUUCGAGCAAGCCGCGCAUCAUGCGUUAUCCCAGCAGCACUGCCAUGGUGCUCCGAAAGGGGGGGAGUCACUUUGCGCGCUUAAAGGGAAGAUCAACCUCAAGCACCUGAAGAAGGAUUACGGGCUGUAG